CAUAUAUAUUGGGCCAUGUGGACACAGGCGUGGAGUUUCGUAGGAUAGACUUUGUAUUGGCUGCAGGGCUGUUGGCCUCCCUUUCUUCAUUUCUCUCUUACAGAGAACCAGCAGGAAUAUAAAGCAGCCUCCAGAUCUCUCUGGACUGCUUGUUGGUGGGAACUGAGGAACCUUUUCUCCCUGAGAGUACUGAGUCUUGCCGAGUACCUGGCCCUGUAGAUAAAAAUGAGUGAUCUGCUAGACGACGGCUCUUUCAUGUUCACGUCGGAGUCCGUAGGAGAGGGACAUCCAGACAAGAUAUGUGACCAGAUCAGUGAUGCUGUCCUGGAUGCUCACCUGAAGCAGGACCCAGAUGCCAAAGUGGCCUGCGAGACGGUGUGUAAGACUGGCAUGGUGUUGCUCUGUGGAGAGAUCACAUCACGGGCCAACGUGGACUACCAGAAGGUGGUGAGGGACACCAUCAAACACAUCGGCUACGACAACUCCGACAAAGGUUUUGACUAUAAGACAUGUAACGUGCUGGUGGCUCUGGAGCAGCAGAGUCCGGACAUUGCUCAGGGAGUCCACGUUGACAGACAGGAGGAGGACAUUGGAGCGGGAGAUCAGGGUCUGAUGUUCGGCUACGCCACAGAUGAGACAGAGGAGUGCAUGCCUCUCACCAUCGUUUUAGCCCACAAACUCAACGCAAAGAUGGCUGAACUCAGACGCGCCGGCACCAUCCCCUGGCUGCGUCCCGACUCUAAAACACAGGUGACAGUACAUUAUGACCAGAAGGACGGAGCUGUGAUCCCCAAGAGAGUUCACACCAUCGUGAUCUCUGUGCAGCAUGAUGACUGCAUCUCGCUGGAGGAACAGAAGAAGGUCCUCAAGGAGAAGGUGAUCAAUGGCGUGGUUCCUGCUAAAUAUUUGGACGACAAGACCAUCUACCACCUCCAGCCUAGUGGUCGCUUCGUCAUUGGAGGACCCCAGGGUGAUGCUGGUGUGACAGGCAGGAAGAUCAUUGUAGACACAUAUGGAGGGUGGGGAGCUCAUGGGGGCGGAGCUUUCUCUGGCAAAGACUUCUCAAAGGUGGACCGCUCCGCUGCCUAUGCUGCUCGCUGGGUGGCAAAGUCUCUGGUCAAAGCCAAACUGUGCAGGAGAGUUCUGGUUCAGGUGUCUUAUGCUAUCGGAGUGGCCCAACCUCUGUCCAUCUCCUUGUUCACCUACGGUUCCUCCCAGAGAACAGAGUCAGAGCUGCUCCACAUUGUUAACAAGAACUUUGAUCUGCGGCCAGGAGUCAUUGUCAGGGAACUGAACCUGAAGAGGCCGAUCUACCAGGUGACAGCCUCUUAUGGCCACUUUGGCCGAUCAGAGUUUACUUGGGAGAUGCCCAAAAAGCUUGUCUACUAAAUACUCCGCUUGCUUGCCCUGAUUGACUCACCUGGAGGCUGAACAAGACACCUCUUCAUGGGCUACAACUGCCUGAUAGGACAUUUUUUAACAGGAAGAACUAAAGCCAAAGUUAGACAUAAGUCAGCUUUAAACAGGCAAGAAGAUAAUUAUAUGUAGCCGACGGACAUAUAAUGGGACACUCUCCCAAUGAGAAGAGGACAUCUCAGUAACCAAUCCUUUUCUAGCCCACAAAACAUCCAAUUAUUGGUGCUUUAGAAAUAUACGUACAAUCAUUAGUCAAAAAAAAUUCUUGAUAACUUACUGUAAAGGAACACCACAGCAAAAAACUACUAGUACUACAACUAGUCUCAAGAUAAAUACUUCUACCCCACUAGAAGCAGUUUUACCUCAAAGCUGUGAAUGUUGCUUUAUGCGACCAGUAUGAUGUACAGAAACAACCUCAGUGCUUAAUUUACAGAAGUAGCUAUCGACAACGGCAAGUAUUUCAGUGACUAUCAUAUGAAUGUCAGAAGUGUAAUUAUUGCUCAACCAAAUGCUUGGCUUUAGAAGAUUUUAUCUUUUUGUCAUGUCUGUAAAAUUCCUUUUCUAAGUCUUAUUUUGUAAUGUGUGCGACAGGAAACUGCACUGUUACGAUCACCAUUGUACAAGAAGACAGGUCAUUAAAACUCUUAUCUCUUAAACAUAUGUUACAAUCAAGCAAAUGUGAAAUAGCCAUUUAGUCUUAUGUUUUCAUACUGCUCUUCUGCUCUGUCAUCCUUUGAGCCCUGUUUUGUUUUAAUAUCAAGUCGCUAUUAUUGCCACACAGCUCACCUGGUGGCUGAUUUGUAUCUUUAUGUCUUUGUUUUCCUUGUUUUUUUAUCCUGCAGGCCUGCUGCUGUGACUGAGUCUGUAAAUGUGACUCAUUGUAGCAAAUAACUAGAACUGUGACUUGAUUGUGAAUCAGAUUCUUCUCUCUUUGCAGUGGAUUACCAAGCUGCACACUGUUGAGACUAAAGCAUUUAGUGGACCACUGAUGUCUUACAAUUGCUGCAUUUUUACAAUGUUACAAGGCUAUGCUCAUCCAAAUUAAUAUCUGACAGAAUACCUUGCUGCAGAUGCAGAUCUCCUCUUGUUUUAUACAGUCUGUUCCUUCUCUAUCUUUGAGAUAUUUAGCAGAAGUUUGCUAUAUCUAAAAACAUCUGUUACCUAGUUACAUUGCAGCUCUAUAUUGCAGGCAGAGAUCCUUCUCCAUGGAUUUUGAGGAAAAAAGGGAGUGUUUAUUAAAAUUUCUCAUGGGGCAUUUAGAAAAAUGUAAUUAAGUCAGCUUUCACCAUUGCUUAAUCACGCUUAAAAGUAUUUAAUCUAAUACUUUCCUUCUGAAACACUUCUGAUGGGACUGAGGAAGUGUGAACAGUACUCACCUUAAAAACUUCACAUCUGUAGCGGUUUAGGACUUUGUGGUGAGCGUAACAAUCCGUGCUUUCAUCUAGAGCCGGCAUUGUUUUAGUAAGAGAGGUUUUUCCUCUAUUUAAUGUGUUGAUCUGUGUCAUCUUCUGUCAACCUUGUUGGCAGAGAAACUGGACAAUGUAAAUAAUUAAACAAUAAAGAAAAUUAAAGAUA